CUCCGACUCCCGUCCCCUCAUUUCCAUCGAGAGUUGGUUUGCGCAUCGAACUCAGCGUAUCAACCUGACUGAAAUCACUCAAGAUCAUCUUCAGCUCUUGGCAAUUGUGUUGGAGAAUCGAUCUCUAUUCAAUUAGCGACAGGGAAGAGCUUGCGAGGGAGCUCUUAUCAAGUGGCACUCGACAUCAAGUCUACUAAGUACCUAUUAAUAUCAGCACUGUUUCGCAACCCUAGACAAAUAUGUCUUGCCCUCAAUGCUUCAGUGGCUCAGUGCACGACGGCACUCCCAAGGGAAAGGUUGUCAAACUUCAUGGGCUGGAUGCGUACGUCUCCGAGCCUGAAGAAGGCAAGCCAGUCAAGGGAAUCAUCAUUAUUAUCCCCGAUGCGUUCGGAUGGGAGUUUCCAAACAACAGAAUCCUAGCGGACCACUAUGCGGAGAAGGGCAGCUAUAAAGUGUACCUGCCGGAAUUCAUGAACGGAAAUUCCGCACCUCACUGGAUCCCAGGGAUGCUGUACGGUCUCUUCGACACCGGUUCACUGUGGUCGUGGCUGCUUAAGCCAUACCAAGUCGGCUGGCUUAUUUAUGGCAUGGUCCCCUUUGUGAUUCGCAAUAGCUUCCCCAAGACCUGGCCGAUCGUCAAGGAUUUCUUCACUGCUGUGAGGGAGAAUGAAGGCGCUCACCUUCCCAUCGGCGCUGCCGGUUUCUGCUGGGGCGCCAAGCACACGGUGAAUUUGGCCCAGGGCUACGAAAGCAACGGGAAGCCUCUCCUUGACGCCGGUUUCACGGCUCAUCCAAGCAACUUGGAGAUCCCUGCUGAGAUCGAGAAGAUCAAGAAGCCCGUCAGCUUUGCAAUUGGUGACAAGGAUAUCCAGGUCAAGGUGCCACAGAUUGAGCAAAUCCGACAGAUUGUCGAGGCCAAGCCUGAUGGUGAGAAAGGAGAAGUCAGGACCUACUAUGGCGCAGGUCAUGGAUUCGCCGUUCGUGCGGAUCAUAUCUUGAAGGAUGCGGAGCGACAGGCGGAGGAAGCGGAAGACCAGGCUAUUGACUGGUUCAACCGCCAAUUCCAGGGAAUUUCUUACUAAGGAGUUACGUUUUACUCCUGGAUGUAAUGUUUUGGUCACUAAUAAUCGGAGGGGUGGAGGCUAGGAGGACGAUACUAGUAUCAGCUACGAGCUUCAUAUAUUGGAUACGCGAUGAGAAUGAUAGUCGCUAGGUUAUUUGAAUUCUUUAUGCU